AUGGAUUUGAAGGCCUCACUUGUGAGAACGACAUAGACGCUUGCAAAAGCAGCCCCUGUAAAAAUAGUGCAACCUGCAUUGCUGAAAAUGGUUCCUUUGUUUGCGUAUGUAUGGAAAGUUACAAAGGAAAAACAUGUAACGAAGAAAUAGACGAAUGUGGGAAUGCUAGUUGUAGAAAUAACGGACGCUGUGAGUUGCUCAAUAAUACCUCUUAUUGCGUCUGUCUUGAUGGGUUUACAGGAAACUUCUGUGAAACAGUUAGUGAUGGAACGCCCACAAAAAUGGACAAGGAAAGCACCGAUAAAAGUGAAGGUGACAAUACAAACAACCUGGUAGUUGGACACGAUGAUAAUACUGGAGAAAAUGCAGAUGUGGCGAUCGGGAAAUCUGAUUCGCAGAACCUCAGACAACAUGCAACUGAAAAGGACAGUUGGGCGGAGACUCACUGGUAUGCAAUUGUGAUUAUAGCAGCUGUAGCAUUUGUAUUCUUCGUAUUACCGGCUGCAAUAUGGUACAAGAAAUCCAGUGCCAACAAGAAGAAGACUAUUGAUAUGGUACAGUACUGGCCUACACAAGAGGAUAUGGCUAUUCAUGGUUUUGACAAUGCUACAUAUGGUCUAGAUUCACUACCUCUAUAUGCUCAAACAACAGAGUAUCAGCCUCAGCAACAGUUUACAAUGCAACAACAGUUAACACCACAGCAACAGUUUACACCGUCAGAUAUAAAUCAGUCCAGUUAGCAACACAGAAAGAGAAAAUUUCAAUUAACAUAUAAAUCCAUUAAGAAAUUAAUUAAAAAAUAAAUGCAUUAUGCAGUUAAAUUAACAAAUAAAUCAAUUAAGCAAAUUUGAAUCUACAUGUAUUAAUAAAUAUAAGGCCAAAUUUUUCAAUAAGGAAUGAAAGGUAGAAAAUAUCAAG